AUGAUUGCCUAUGCGGAUGAUGUUUUCGUUCUUUUUGGUGGGCAGUCACGUGCUGAUUUGGAAUACAAAGGGAAUCGUGCAUUGAACAUGAUAUAUGAAUGGGGCAUAACGAAUAAACUCUGCUUUAAUGCGAAUAAAAGUAAAGGUAUUGUCUUUAAUAAGCCAAGACAACGAAACUUAUAUGCACGUGUUCCAACUCUUAGGAUGAACGGUAAAAGUCUAAAGGUGGUGAAAGAACUUAAAUAUCUUGGCAUAUUAUUAGACCAUCGGCUGUCCUGGAAUAACCAUAUUCAUUAUAUUACGAAACACACAGGGCAUAUUAUGCACGCUUUUGCCAAGGUUGCCAGGUCAUCUUGGGGCCUUAGUGGUCUGGCUAUGGGAAUGAUAUAUGAUAGCAUUUUUCUACCCGUUCUCACUUAUGGCUGUGGCAUUUGGGGCUCUGCCGCAGUUAAGGUACAUCAAAAACGCAAAUUGAUCUCAGCACAACGUAGAGCUUUGUUGAUGAUAACCAAAGCAUACAGAACUACGGCUAAUGCUAGUUUGCAAGUGCUUGCUCGCAAGCCGCCUAUUGAUAAAUAUAUUAACUACUUACAAAAAAUUUGGAAAGUCAAAUGUGGUAAUCAUCUUACCUCUAUGUCAAACUCCUUCACUGAGGAAAGCUGGGAGAAAAAUAUUCCUUAUAAAGACACUUUUAGCCCCUACACUAACAUCAGAUUUAUCGAAGCUUCUUCUACUAGUUGUGCCAUUAACAUUUUUACCGAUGGUUCGAAGUGUGACUGUCAUGUUUGUGCCAGUUUCGUUGCUUUUCGCAACAAUAUUGAAAUUUACUAUAAUGUUUUUAAACUUGGUUCACUUUGUAGCAUUUUUCAAGCAGAGUUAUAUGCUAUUUUACAGGCAAUCGAGUGGUGUGAACGGGCUCUCAAUAAUGCCAAAAUUGCAAUCAUUACCGAUUCACUAUCUUCUCUCUCUACGAUUCGGAGGAAGUCUGUUCAUCCUCUGGUCUUUAGUAUUCAAAGACUGUUGAUUGAGUCUGAUAAUGAGUAUUAUUUUAAUUGGACGAGAUCACAUUGUAAUGACUACGGCAAUGAUCGGGCGGAUCAACUUGCUAAAAUGGCGGCGGCUGACCAGAACAUCUCUAUCAGUUACAAUAUGAUUUCAACAAAAAUGCUGAAAGAGGUUCUUUGGAACGAUUUGCUUGUGGAGUGGCAGCAUAGUUGGGAUGCCAACACCUCAGUUACGAAACAGUUUUUUCCUGAUAUAUUGAAAUUUUUGAAGAACACUUGGAUUGAAGUUACUCAUCAUUCUAUACAAUUUUACACCGGUCAUGGCCGUUUUAAUUCAUAUCUUGCUCGCUUUACCUUGCGUAAUAACAGUCUAUGUCCUGUUUGCAACACCAUUGACAGUAGUUUCCAUUAUAUCUUUGAUUGCCCCAUAACUGAGAUUGAAAGACAUCAGUUACGCACUCUUCUAACCAGUAAAAAUCGUUCUUGGCCGUGUGAUGCUCAAGACCUUACUUCGGAUAAGGAAACUUACAAUUUACUUGUUCAGAUAUUUGAAAAGUAUUUUCGAGUUACAACAAUUUCUUAA